AUGAAUCGCGGUGAAGCCCGCGUCGACGUUUAUGCUAAAUGGAAAUCGUUGUACGGUGAUUUUUGUCACUAUUGGAUAGGACCAUUUCGUUUCUACAUGGUCAGUCGUCUCGAUAUUAUUCAACACAUUUACAGUAAUAGACAGAUCUAUGAAACAUCUGACUUUGGUAAACGUAUAUUCGGUCUUCAAGUACCAUCGGGAUUGAUUUCACUGCGUGGGGCUGAAUAUAAACGUCAUGCACGUAUUAUGUUACCUAUGUUCAAAAAAGCCAAAGUUGCCUGUCAUCUAAACUCUAUUAUUGAUUGUACGGAUCGAUUAAUUCAAUAUUGGCGACAGCAGGACAAAACAUUAAAUGAAAAUAUUGUAAGUGAAUCGAAACAUCUGUUACUCGAUAUAUUUGCGUUUAUUGCAUUCGAUUAUGAUUUACAAAUGAUUGAACAUGGCAAACGAGAUAAGAAAGAUCUAGCAAAAGCUCUCGAUACUUUUUUCAAAUUUCAUCGAAAAAUUAUUGAAUAUGUAUUUGUUCCAGAAGUCAUACUUCGAUGGUGGCUCAACUGGAAUUCAGAGUAUCAACAGGCGGUGAGAACGCUACGUCAAACAUGUGACAAUAUUAUUGCUCAAGAAAAUGAACAUUCGUCAAUGAAAGAACAAAGUUCAAAACCAAACAAUUUAAUUGCACUACUCAUGUCAUCGUUGCAAGAAAAUGAACAAGAAGAAGCGAAAAAGCCAGAGGCAGAAAAACAGGGCAAGUCAAGAUUUUUUCAUUUCUGUCAGACCUUGAAAUAG